AUGCUCAUGAACUACUUAAAGGAACUAGAAUGCAAAAUGGCACAUGAUUAUCAAAAGAAGGACAAAAUGGCAACUUCAAUAUUGGUUCAAGGACCAAUCAUAGUAGGAGCUGGUCCAUCAGGAUUAGCAGCAGCAGCAUGUCUUAAACAAAAAGGAAUUCCAAGCUUAAUCCUUGAAAGAGCAAAUUGUUUAGCUUCAAUGUGGCAACUCAAAACCUAUGAUAGAUUAAAGCUUCAUCUUCCAAAACAAUUUUGUCAAUUACCUCUCAUGCCAUUUCCAAAAGGGUUACCAUCAUAUCCAACAAAGCAACAAUUUUUAUCUUACUUAAAAGCCUAUGCUAAUCACUUUGAUAUUAAUCCUAUUUUUGGUAAACAAGUUGUGAAUGCUGAAUUUGAUAUUGCUUGUGGAGUUUGGAGAGUGAAGACUCAAGAAAUUAUAAUGAACAAGUGUGUUGUUAUUGAGUAUGUUAGUCAAUGGUUGAUUGUUGCUAGUGGUGAAAAUGCUGAGGAAGUUGUGCCAUCAAUUGAAGGGAUGGACCAAUUUCAAGGACCUAUUUUGCAUACUAGUUUGUAUAAAAGUGGAAGCAUGUUUUGUGGGAAGAAUGUUUUGGUGGUGGGGUGUGGAAAUUCAGGCAUGGAGGUGUGUUUAGAUCUUUCCAACCAUAAUGCUCAUCCUUCCUUAGUUGUUAGAGAUACGGUACAUAUCUUGCCACAACAAAUAUUUGGAAAAUCAACAUUUGGUUUAUCCAUGUGGUUACUUAAAUGGUUCUCAGUACAUUUUGUGGAUCAAUUUUUACUUCUAAUGUCAUAUCUCAUACUUGGUGACACAUCUCAAUAUGGAAUGCAAAGGCCAAAAAUUGGUCCUUUAGAGCUUAAGAAUUUGUAUGGAAAAACACCAGUUUUAGAUGUUGGGACAGUAGCUCAAAUCAAAACUGGCAAAAUUAAGGUUUGCAAGGGAAUUAAACGACUAGCACAUAAUGCUGUGGAGUUUGUUGAUGGGAAAGUAGAGAACUUUGAUGCAGUCAUUCUAGCUACUGGUUAUAGAAGCAAUGUACCCUCUUGGUUAAAGGGAAGUGACAUGUUUAGUGAGAAAGAUGGUUUUCCAAGGAAACCAUUCCCAAAUGGAUGGAAAGGUGAAAAGGGAUUAUAUGCUGUUGGUUUCACCAAACGUGGCUUACUUGGUUCAUCUAUUGAUGCAAAGAGGAUUGCUGAAGAUAUUGAACAUAGCUGGAAAGCUCUUAAGGCCAAGCCACUUGCAUGA